AACAAAUUAAACAAUUUUAUCUAAAAAAAUAUUCAAACUUUACGGUUGAAACACUAAAUAUGUGAAUUGUGAAGGACUAAAAUGUCUUUCAAGAUAAAGUAUGGGGACCAAAAUAUAAACAAACGAGUUUAGUCUUCUUUCCCUACAGUCUUAUUUCUAGUACUGAAUACUGGACCUUCUGCAACUUUCGGAGUUCCGCGUUAAUGGAGGAAUUACAGAAGUUCUUAAACGAUAAAGGUUUAGCAGUUUCGACGCUUCCUCAAAAAGGUCGCUGCCUUUUCACCACUCGCGAUUUUUCCCCAGGGGAAGUGAUUAUAAGUCAAAUCCCAUACGUUGCUGUUCCAAAUAAGAACAAAGAAUCUCCCGAAUCAAAGUGUGAAUGGUGCUUUUCGUCGAACACCCUCAAGGCAUGCUCUGCUUGUCGUGUUGUCUGGUAUUGCAGCAGCAAUUGUCAGAAAUCGGAUUGGAAGUUUCACCGAAUAGAGUGUCGAACAUUGUCGAAAGUCGACAAGGAAAGAGUGAAACUACUAACGCCUUCCGUGCGUUUGAUGGUGAAACUUUGUAUAAGGCGUAAGCUAGAAAUCGAGAAGAUCUUUCCGGCUACUGUCGCAGACAAUUACAAGCAUGUGGAUGCAUUGGUUUCUCACAUGUCCGAAGUCGAAGAGAAACAAUUGAUAUUGUACGCCCAAAUGGCUAACCUCGUCAAUUUGAUACUUCAAUGGCCCGAUUCCGACAUCAAUAUCAAAGAGAUUGCAGAAAACUUUUCCAAGUUAGCGUGCAAUGCACAUACUAUUUGUGACAGUGAACUGAGGCCCCUCGGAACGGGACUUUACCCCGUCAUUUCUAUUAUAAAUCACAGCUGUUUGCCCAAUUCUGUUCUAGUAUUCGAGGAGAGAUUGGCUGUGGUACGAGCUAUGCAGUAUAUUCCAAAAGGUACCGAGGUGACGAUAAGUUACGUAGAAAUUGCUGGAAGCACUAUAACUCGACAGAAGUCUCUUAAAGAACAGUAUUUCUUCACAUGUUCUUGUCCUCGUUGCAUAAAAUUGGGACAAUCCGAAGAUAUUCAAGAAAGUGCGAUUCUAGAAGGUUAUAGUUGUAAGGAAAGCGAAUGUGACGGAUUUCUCCUUCGUGAUUCCGAUAAUAAAGGGUUCGUAUGCCAAAAGUGUGGGCUUAUUAGAGACAAAGAAGAAAUAAGUGCAAUCGCUAAUGAAGUGAAAUAUAUUUCCGAUAAAGCUUCUAAAUCACUUUCCUCUGGUUAUAAAAUCGAGGCAAAUGAGGCUUAUAAGAGGAUUGAGGCACUUCAACUGAAGCUAUACCAUCCGUUUUCGAUCUUUCUUAUGCGGACUAGAGAAGCUCUUCUAAAGAUAUCGAUGGAUCAGCAGGAUUGGAAAGAAGCACUUUCAUAUUGCAGAUUAACAAUUCCAAUUUACGAGAGAGUAUAUCCGAAAUGCCACCCUUUGCUCGGACUGCAGUACUAUAUGUGUGGAAAACUCGAAUGGUUUCUCGGGGAGACUGUAGCGGCAGUUAGGUCAAUGACGAAAGGUUUGGAUGUAUUGGGAAUCACUCAUGGAACGAAGACACCGUUUGUAAUGGAACUUACGAGCAAGUUGGAGGAAGCUCGUGCAGAGGCUUCGUACACACAGAGAAGAUGAUUUUUGCAAUCUGCUAUUAUUUUUUUUUUCUACAUCACGUAGAGUUAUUUUUGUAAUUAAAAAGGCACUUACGAUUAGGUGAAGUUUGCGAACUGAGAUGAUGACUAUGUUACUAGAAUUACGUAUAAAAUUGAGAAAUUCUGAUUUUCAA